AUGGACUAUUUCACGCUCGCGGCUGCCCCCAACACCGAUCUGUGGCGAAAACCGCCGGACCGUGAGACCACUACGGCCCCAAUUCUUUUCACAUCUCUUCGACAGCCAUUUGUGAUCGCUGAAGUGACGGUGUCUGCAGACUGGGAGAUGGAAUGGGACCAGGGCGGUCUGGUCAUUUUUGCCGGUCCAGCUCCGAGACAGCAACAACAAGAACCACCUCGCCAGCAGGCUUCCUCCUCUAUACCACAACUCCAAACACAACCGCCGCCGUACCCUGGCCUCCUAACUGGCCCUACCAAAUGGGUUAAAGCCGGUCUCGAAUUCUCCGCCGGCACAGUCAACGCCUCCUCGGUAAGUGCCACGGCCGACGGAGCCGACUGGUGCCUUUCGCCUCUCGCCCCGCCUAACACUCCUACAUCCAUUUCCUCGCUGCGCAUCAAACUCGAACGCAUCGGUCACUCGCUGUGGGUCUGGUACCAAAUACCGGGCCUAAUAAGCCCGCACGCGGCACGCACGCCGGAUGCGAUUGGCAAUUCAUGGCGCAAGCUCAGAGAAGUAACGUGGUUCUUCUGGAACGUGGAGGAUAAAAGCGUACAUGUCGGGGUCUAUGCGAGCCGGCCGGCGAACUUCUCGAUGGAAAAUACGAUGUGGGCGGCGCGGAAUGGCAGCCGGCUCGUGGGCGGAGUGGGCUCGGACAACAGGGGUUCCGCCGGCGGAGGAGGAGGAGGAGGUGUAACAAAUGGGCUGGUGGUCGAAUUUGAGGAUCUGGAGAUCUUUUAG